AUGUCACGCUUUGUUGAAGAGUUGGAGUUUGUGCAGUGCCUGUGUAAUCCGCAGUAUCUGCAGUACUUGUACCAGCAGGGAUACUUCUCUAGGCCUGACUUUAUGGAGUAUCUUGCAUACCUGCAGUACUGGAAAAGGCCUGAAUAUGCUAAGUAUCUGUUCUUCCCGCAGGCCUUGAAUAUUCUGCAUCUUUUGGUGACUUCAAAGGAGUUUGUGGAUGCACUGAAGUACAAGCAAGUAGUAGAGCUAAUUGCAUCACAGCAGUACUUCCAGUGGAAGAACAGAAGAUAG